GCUAUCGCACUUCACAGGGAAGUGCUGGCUUUGUGCCCUAUCAGUCACAGAGUUCGGUCCCUGUCGUUAAAUAACCUUGCGGCUCGACUAUCCUCCCAUUUUGACCUCCAAGGCAAUGACGAAGACUUGGAUGAGGCUAUCGCACUUCACAAGGAAGCAUUAGCUUUGCUCCUGGUCAGUCACACACAUUGGUCCAUGUCAUUAACUAACCUUGCAACUCAACUCUCCACCCGCUUUUGCCACCAAGGCAACAACGAAGAGGCUAUUGCACUUCACAUGGAAGCACUGGCUUUGCGCCUAGUUGGUCACACAGAUCGGCUGUUGUCACUUGCGACUCGACUCUCCACCUGCUUUCACCACUGA